GAUUUGGAGAAACUCAAAUCUAAUCCGAUCCCCAUCCCAGAAGGAGCGUCUUACUUUAUUCGUGUACGUUACUACGUGCAACGUGAUAUUGUGACCGGUCUACAGUACGAUCAUAGCGUCUAUCGAGGCCCUAUCCGAGAUAAUCGUACAAUUCAAGCCAAGAGCGCACUUUAUUCAUCCAAUGUGGACAAAAUUUUCAGUGAAAAGAACACUAUCACUUUUGCUUUAGCAUAUGAGCUAUUAAAACUAAGUUUUAAAUAUGUGAAAAAUAGUUACUCGGAUGAUAAUGAAUAG